AACAAUUUGGAAGCAUGCAAAGGUUCGUCCGAAAGGCGAUGAGCGCACUGGCGCACUGUCCCCGUCUCAAAGGGCCACUGCGAGAGGGUCAGUAUGUCAAGUGAUUCUAUCUGGGGCCAAUUGGUCUUAAUUAACGGAGAUAUAUAUAUGGUAUGGACAUGUAUGCACUACCUUUCAUCACACAAACGAAACUUGUUCGACCGAAGGUUUAAAGAAACUUCCAUGAGGCCUUGUUCUGAUCGGACUUUCAGCUGCGGAUAGAUCCAAAUCCGCCUGUUUGCUGCCUUACCUACAGAUAGACAAUCUGACUCGUCGCAAUCCCAGAUGCGAAAAAUUUGAAAAAAGCGUCCAGAAAACGUCGAACACGAGCAGCCACUUUGGUAACCUAAAGAUACGUUGCUAUGCUCUACACGUGUGCCUAUUCACAUAUACACUACAUUGUCUACGUGUGGCUUUCGUUCUACCUGCACGUGGUGGUGUUGUCAGCGGGGGUUGGGGAUACCGUCCGGCGGCGUUUCUCCAAUGUCAGUGCCAGCAAGGAGCUAAAGCAAUAUGAUAUGCAAAGUUUAUCAAACGUCUUUCAGUUACAUGAAUUGCCUAAGAAAAGCACUCACGAAUGGACAAGCGAGUUUUUCAGGAGGACAAAAUCCAGUAAGAGAUUACAGUUGCUCAGUGCGUUGGAGUCGAACGUUUUAUUCGACGUCACCAAAAAACGAAGUCCUCCGCGCCAACAGCGUGUGUUUGUCUACGGGCAUGACGACAGGUUAGCGAUCGACCCUUCCCGGGUAAAGCAUUAUCCAUACUUUAACAUUGUGCGACUUUUAGGCGGGGGCGUCGGCUGUACGGGAACACUUCUCACACCGACCUACGUCCUCACGGCCGCUCACUGUGUCCACGACGGUGACAAUUUCAAACCCAAACUUGGGAUGCUCAAGGUUUUCAUACCACACAGUCACGGCGACCUGGUACGUUUUAUCAGUAACAUUAGCGUGCCCUCACAGUGGGGUAAGGCUGGGGCUAGUGCUAAACGGGCGAAGUUUGACUAUGCGGUCUUACACCUUAAUCUAGCUGUGUAUGGUCGCCAUGAUUUCAUGCCUCUGCAUGUUCCGAGUCAAAGACUCAUAAAUGAGGACCUAUACUUCCUCGGGUUUCACUACGACACGGCAUCCAUGUCCAAAACCAAGUGUUCGGAAUCGCUGAAGCACCUGAUGUACGGAAAUAACGUUUUAUUGAGUCAGUGUGAUUCUAGUGUUGGCAAUUCUGGGGCUACGCUCUUCUACGAGAACCCGCGUACACGUGAGAGGAAGAUCAUUGGUUUGGUGUCCAACACAGCCGACUUAAGUUGGAGAAAGUCAAAUCGCUGGUAUCGUGUUACCUACAUCACUUUGCUUACCACAGACAAGGUCAAGGACAUUUGUGACAUGGUGUUUCCGGAAGGAAAGGAUUACAAUGUCUGUCCUCCUUACACGUAUCAGAAGUACUCACGUGAUUCCAUCGUGUGGUAGUUGCAUGACGUUUUGUUUUAUAGUGGUCGAGGCUGCUCCUGGCCGAAAUAGUACAAUGCAUCUACAAUGGAAGUGUCAGUACUUCAUUAAUAGCAAUUUUAGCAGUCUUUGCUCGGGUCUUGUUAUUAUAUCAUUAGAAAGAAGUAGUCAAAUUUGCUUCACAUAUUGUUAACAUUUACUUUAUAUGAUAUUGACAAUGAUGUCCAAGUGUAUCAGGAAAUACAACUGCGCUAACUUUAAUCAGGAUUAAGAGAAUGACUGGUGAUUGCACUCACUCAAAUAGGAACUAUCAACAGAACGAUCCAAUUAUCAUCUAUUUCAGUAUGUGUAAAAUCGUAGCGCUCGAAAUCAUGAAAACAACAUUAAAGUAUACAGCUAACUUGAUUUGUUCGAUUGGCUUUUUCAAAAGAAAUAAGCAACAUAUGAGCGUAAAUUAUUGUGGAAUAUAUCAUUAACGAUGGCCGCUUCAUUUUCAUUUUACCAAGAAGCUGCGCACAUUUGCAGUCAGAUUCCCUGUCAAGAAAGUCAUACAAAAAUAUCCAAGAUAAGCCGCA